GUUCUCUGGCACAGCAACAUAAUUGUAGGUGUUUAUAAUAACAUUUUUGUACAGGAUACAUAUGCAUGAGGCUCUGAUAUUUGAUUUCAAUACUUUCAUUUGGGACACACUUGAAAAGCAGGCAUUAUUGGAAGUAGUGCUCUUAGUCGAUGGAUCGGGAUCUGUCGGAAAAGAAAACUUUACAAUAGUAAAAGAAUGGCUUGUAAACCAGACAUUAAUAAUGUAUAAAGCUUUUGGAGACUCUGCACAUAUUGAAGUAUUACAAUAUGCAUACAUGGACAAUCCUUCGGACGGGGUUUCCAUUGAAGAUUCAAAACAGUUUGUGAUUCCACUUGUGCUGGGUGAAUGCGUGAAUAAUGCAUCCUGUUUCACACCAAGGAUUAUGAACAUGACAUACCUGGGUUGGACAACUCAUACACAUUAUGCACUACGGAGAGUAAUGGAGGUUGAAUUUCUAAAAUCUCAGAGUUUUAACAUUUCCAAGAAAGCGGUGAUUAUUGUGACUGAUGGUGAGGCAGAUGAUGGGGAUUUUCUUCGUAGCUGGCAUGAAAAUACAAAGAUACGGUUACUGCGUUUUCAAUCGGAGUCGGGAAUGGAAUAUCUUUAAACGAAUUACGAACGAUCGCAAACGGUGGAACGGGAAACGACAGAGUAUUUACCUAUCAGGAUUUCAAUGCACUACAUGAAAGUUCGUUCGAUGUUAUUACUGCUCUCAUAAAUUCAACAGACCUCAUGUGGAGUUACUGAUCGCCGUGCUCAGCAUCGUGUUCACCUGGUAUUCAAAUGCGAACAAAAACGUUUAAAAAAGCAACAAGAACAUUGAGUGGAAGUGUCUUUAUAAAUCAGACGAAAGCAUGCAACGAAGAUUUGUGCGCGCUCUACUAUGAUAAUGACUUGCGAUGUGCGGGUCCCGGUAUCAUUCCUACCCAGUGCUCUGUGGAUGCAUUCAGAAAAUUUCUGUUGAAGAAUGUUAAUUGGGACAAAAUAGGACAAGAUGAAGAAAAAAUAUUUGAAUCACCAGUUAAAGGACUGAGAAUGAAACUCAAACAAAUCAAAUCGCCGGGAAUGAACAUAAAAUUAGUGAAUAUAGAAAGAUAUGACGCUACGAAGCCUUAGACAGAACAUGGCUUCAUCAUAAAGUUGUUUUCAAAUUGCUCACUCUUUUUGUUUUUCUAACCAUGUAAACUUUUCCACUUAAAGUUGUUCAGCAGUUUGAAAACGUUUGUACCUCUUAUGUUUCUGUUACGAAUCUAAAAAGUUUACUAGAUUCCCAUUUGUCUUAUGAUAUUU